AUGGUGAAGCCAAUCACUGGCAUGCUCCGCAGGGGCCUUGUGCUGGAUCUUUCCGUUGCUUUCGGUCUCGGCACCGCAUCCGGAUAUCUCUGGUGGUACGGCUUCCACGUCCCAUCGGUCCGCAAGCGGGAUCUUUUCUACGCCAAGUUGGAGGACCAGAGAGCAGAGGCGCUGGGCCAGACGGGUUAG